UUUAAUUGUUAUGUAACAUUGAAAUAAUGGUAUCCUGUAUCCAGGUGACAGACUGAAACUGAAACUAAAACAUCCUUUCAGAUUUUUAUUACGAUGCAGUCCGAUAUGGAGCUUGAAUCUAGUAUAAAUCUGCAGAUGUGACAACUACAAUAAAUAUGUCUCCUGGAGUUUCAUUUUUCUGUGUAAUCAUACUCUGUUAUUUUGUGUCAGUUGUCCAAGGUGUAAUAUGUCUGUUUUAUCAUCUGAAAUCCGAUUGUGAUUACAGACUGGAUGGAUUUGCAAUGUCCAGAAUCCAGGCCACAAUCAAUGAAUGUAAUGAUCCAGUUGAUAUUACAUUAAGAAUAACAUGUGAAAAGCCCAAACUUGAUUGGAGUAGAACAUUUACAGGUGCUAUAGACACAGAGGAAGUACCAGGAUAUUGGCAGAAUAUUUACCUACAGGUUAAACAACAAUAUUCUUCCAGUUCUAAGAAAUAUGGCAUUCAGGUAACAGUUCUCUCAGAGAAAUUCAAAAAUGUAGAAAUAAUGAAUUCCACCCUAAAGCUUUAUGGAGAAAGCUGUUCUGUCUUAAACCCGAGAGCCCAGAUAGCAGUUGCAAUACUAGGAACAUUAGCAGGACUUGCUGUCAUUGGUAUUAUUGUUGUGAUUAUUCUGAAGAAAAGAAGAGAAAGAGCUUUAUCUUACCUAUCAACACCACCUCUUGUACAAAAUGCAGAACAGCCAGAAAAUUCAUUUCAGGCUAAUUCUACACAUGGAGUCAUAUCAGAUGAGACAACCUAUCAAAACAGACCAGAUUUUCAAGACAUGGUGACUUAUUCUGGUCUCACCAGAAAUGAUCACCAGAGAUUUUGAUUCUAAUCUUGAUGUGUUGUUGUAAUCAUUACAUCAUUUAGCAAAAUUGUUAAGUGGUUUAUCAGGAGUAUUCACUUUAAAACAUGGCAGUUCAAAAUAAUUUUGUGAUGUUGAAAUGUUUAAGUACAGAGCACAGUACUGUAGAAUUAUAUGAUAUAGUAAUAGAAAAUAUUUUUUUUAACUGGAAUCUCAUACUUAAAGAUGACAUUUAUGAUACAGCAGUACAUGUGUAUUAUAAUUUUACAUAGGGGGAACUGUUUGAAGGGGAAACAAUAUUGCAUUGUAAUUAAAUUGUAAUGUAGUCACAGUUUUUAUUAAAAGAUGUUCUGUAUUUUUAGGGGGUAAAGUCCCGGUUAACUGGUCUGUUAAAGGGGGAGCUGCCAUUUUGAAUUUCUUAACUUAUUGGUUUUUGAUUUCUUCAAUUAGAAACAAAAUAGUCAUAUAUCUCACCUUAAAAUAUCUUUUUGGUAUAUUUUAUUUCCUACUGAAUGAAACAUAAUGCUUAUUCAUGCCAUAUUUACAUUUUGUGCCAGAAGCAUACAACGACGUUAUACUGUUCCAUAGAGGAGAACAAUGUUUCACAGAAUUUUCCAGCUAUCAGAUUUUUACACCCAAUAAAGUCUUCAAUGGAAAGCUGUGUUUAUUUUGCAUUCUAAUGGAGAUAACUGUAUUAUUGUAUAUUAAGCUUUGUCUAUGUAAAAUGUAGGUCUUACUGUGGCAAUUUAGUUUCCCUUGUGACACGAAGCAGAGUUAUCUUCUAAAUGUACUCCAUAUUUAGAAUGUUCUUUACAUAUGACAACUAUUUUGUGUAAGGUGUAAAGACCUCUUUUAUUUUCAAUUACCAUUGCUCAAAUCUGAAACACUUAAAAACACUCUUCAUGAGUUGAAUGUUAUGAAAUUACUCAACAUUAUUGAUUUAAACAAAUGUUUUUGUAAAGAUACAUAUUUAUUUUUUCAGUUUUUUGGUGUAUUGGGUACAAUGUAUAAUUUGAAGGGGGUCUCAUUGGGGGGUUCUGAUCCCGGAUCCCGCUUAACGUUUUGUCAGAUUCCUGUAUCCCGCUUGCACUAUGUACGUAAGCAAUUCUCAUUUUUUUGUAAUUCCCGGUGUCCCGCUAGACUUCAUUUCCCGUUUUCACGGCACAAUAAUUUGACUUUCACAUGUCACUCUUACAAAAAAUUGGCAAUCCCGGGUCACGCUUAGACCCCAAUGAGACCCAUUUUGAAGUAUGUAUAUAUAGAUUUUUAUUUGGUGCAAUACAGAUAAUAGUGCCAUGUAAGUGCUUAAGCUGUUGUAUUAAAAAAUAAAUCCUUAUUGAUUAUGUGCAGGCUGGAUUUGUAAAUAGUUUCUAUAUGUAUAUAUUUAUUAACUUUGAAAUCAUGUUUUUUUUAAUUUUUGAGCAAUGCAGGAAGUUCGAUUAUUUAAAAUUGAACCAGAUACAAAAUUCAAGUUUGAACAAUACUUUGAUUUCAUAUUUGAUUGCAGUUCAAGUAUUCAAUUUUCUUGUGCAAGGUUGCUCUGGUUGGACAUCAAGUUGUCAUAUAGUGGAUUGAGAUAAGAUUUUUAUCCUGCUUUUAUGACAGUUUUUUUUUUAAAGUCAGCUUGCAUUGUCUUUUCACAAUAUUAAAAAAUCUGUAUUAUGAGCACUAAAACAAAGUUAAUUCCUUUUUUUCAUAUUUUUUCAAAUGUAAGAUAUAUAUAUGAUUUUUGCCAGUGUUGUAAGAACUUAAUGAAAAAUAACUUUGCAUAUCAUACCACACUUGAUUAUAUUCAACAAAUACAUAUAGUGAAUGGGUUAUACAUAUACUAAAUUCAGGGAGCUUGAAACAUUUAUUUAUAGUACCCCUUUGGUUUUUUAGAACUUCACAACCAUAAGUUUCAUUUCAUUUGUUAAACAGGAAUAUUUUUACAUGUAUUUUUCUAUAUAUUUUAUUUGCUUAGACUGGAUAUUUAUAGGCAGCAAUUUUCACGCGAUAAUCAUAUAACAUAUUCAAAAGUCCCAACAUAUAUCCAUAAACCUCAUACAGUUUUAGCAUAGAAAUUUACAUUUAUGGCAUGCGUAAUUUGCAUAUUUCCAUGAUCUAAAUCAAGGUUAGUGUCAUAUUCUGUUAUUUAUCAAGAAUGUAUUAUAAGAUUAAUUGUCAUGGUUGUGUUAUGUAACAUGUCAAGAUUGUAUUAUAAGAUUAAUUAUCAUGGUUGUGUUAUGUAUAAUGUCUAACUAAAUAGAACCUGUUGAACAUAUUGUUAGUACUAGAAUCGCCACCAACAAAACUUGCCAACAUUUUUCCUGUCUUCCACUUGUUUGAUAUUUUUCCCACCAAAUGUUUACUUCAUGGAUCAGGGAUCAAGGUUAAGUUUUCGUGGUCAUGUCUGUAUCUCAGAUACCAUAAGCAAAUUAAAAGGUCAACUAUAUUUGGUGAAAGGAAUGAUUGUAAGGUGUACAUGUCUGUCUGGCAGGGUUUAUCUGACCUUGACCUCAUUUUCAUGGAUCAGUAGUCAAAUGUUACGUUUUCAUUGUUAUUUCUGUUUCUCAGAUACUAUAAGCAGUAGGUCAUUUUUUUUCUGUGUAUAGAAUGGUUGCAUGGUGUUCAUGUUGCCUGGCAGGGACCAUUUGAAUUUGACCUCAUUUUUAUGGUUCAUUGGUCAAUGUUGGAGUAAUUAGGUCUGUUUCUUAGAUCCUAUAAGCAAUACGUUUGGUGUAGGGUAUAAAAAUUCAAUCAUGAUAAGUAAAGAAGGUGAGACAUUUAAACAUGUUUAAAGGAUUUUGAUGCAGGUGUCAAACAAUGAUUAAUCAUAAAUAUAAAACUAAAGCUUUCCAACCUGUAAUCAAAAUUUGUUGACAUUGAUUUAUUUCCAGGGUAUAAUGUGAAGUGAACAUUUUGUAUGAAUAUUUUCAUGAAGUAAGGUUCAGGUAUAUAUUACCCUGUAGAUAAGUUAUAUAAUUGUUUAACUUCUUACUGUUGAAUUACAUUAUUAAUUAUGAUAUAUAUAUUCUGAAAUAAAGAAUAAGAUUUUAUGAAA